UUAACCAAAACCCAUCAGUCAAACCAAAUCAAGACUGGAUUUUUCUCUGCUUAAUUUCUUGUAAAGUUUCUUCCUUUUUUUCUUAUCAGGUGAUUCCAAGGGAUCAACUUUCUGGAUUGGGGGUUCAAAAGAGAUGAAUUUCAGGAGCUUGGAGGAUUUUUGGGCCUUUUACGUGAAUCAGCACUCCAAACCAUCGACAAGACGCUGGCACUUUGCUGGCACACUCUUGAGUCUCGUGUUUUUUGGAUAUUCUUCGUUGUUUAACUGGUGGUUCUUGGUGUUUGUGCCUAUAUGUGGCUAUGGAUUGGCCUGGUACAGUCACUUCUUUGUGGAAGGGAAUGUUCCUGCCACUUUUGGGCAUCCGUUUUGGUCCCUUUUGUGUGAUUUCAGGAUGUUUGGAUUGAUGCUUACUGGGAAAAUGGAUAGGGAGAUCAAGAGGCUCGGCAAGAGACCUAUAUUACAGGGCUUCUAAAGGGUUCUUGUGUAAAACUUCUUUUUUCCUGUUUACUUCAUAUGAUACAAUUUACUUGUAUUUUUCA